AUGCUUGUGACAUAUGUGGAAGAGCAUCAGGCAUAUCCUGAUCAUCCAGAGAGAUUUGAAAGGCAUCCUCAAGUUCUGAGUAGAGAGAGUCUGUCUGGACGCUGUUACUGGGAGGCUGAAUGGAGUGGACAAGCUGAAAUGUCAGUGGCAUAUAAAGGAAUCAGCAGGAAAGGAAAGCGUGCAGACUGUUGGUUUGGAUUCAAUAAUAACUCCUGGUGUCUGUCCUGCUUAAAUGACACAUUCUGUGUCUGGUACAGUUAUGCCACUGACACACAUGUCCAUUUAAGCUCUUCUAAUAGAGUAGGAGUGUAUGUGGAUGUGUCGGCCGGCAUUCUGUCCUUCUACAGUGUCUCUGACACUCACAAACUCACACACAUACACACAUUCAACAACACAUUCACUGAACCUCUCUAUGCUGGAUUUGGGCUAAUAUCUUAUGCAUUUAACUCCACAGUGUCUCUGUGUCCAUCUGAAAACCCUGUGGGCAACAACACAGAUGUCACAUGCACACGUGAAUGAAACAAAUACUCUCACUUUAUAUACCUUUAACAUACAAAUGCAGAUAUACUAAUUUAAAUGUG